GGCAUUCGCAAGGUGGAACGGGAUCGCCAUGUUUCGAAACAGCCUCAAGAUGCUUCUUACAGGAGGAAAGGCAAACCGCAAAAACAGGUCCAGUGAUGGAGGGAGCGAGGAGCCGCCAGACCGAAGACAGGCAAGUGUAGACUCCCGCCAGAGCCGCUCUGGGCAAGGCACCUCCACAGAGAACGACUGUGCUUUUGAGCCCGACUACGCCAUUCCUCCGCUCCCAGUGACCGAAGGUAUGCAGCACAUUCGGAUUAUGGAGGGCAUGUCCCGCUCUCUUCCAUCCUCCCCCUUACUCACACAUCAGUCUAUCAGUGUUCGGCUCCAACCUGUGAAGAAGUUAACUG